AUGCACUUAGCUUGCAGUGUCUCCACACCAGCUGAAAGCACAGCACCACACUACCAUAACUCGUCACCAACUAUAAGAUACUAUAGUUCUCGAUUGGCAAUGUUUCUGCCAGGAGAUGCCCUGGCGACAACAAUUCCCUUCAAGGUUACAACAGACACCCCACACAUGAUUCUGGAAGUCCAGAGCGAAACAUCGAAGGCGACCAGUGAUUCAGAAUUGUGCCCCUUGAGGAAGUUAUUUCAGGAAAUGGAAGAUGAAGGUAUCGUUGAUACCUCCAUCAUGGGACAUUCCUGUGCCCGAGCAGGGACCCAAGAUCAGACUGCGGGAGAAGAUGACUUCUUCAUCGUGAAACCCAACAACGUCGUCCCAUUGUUCAGCUACACAUGGGUCAGCACUGGGCACAAGUUCUCAACAUGUGCUUCAGCCUUCCCUCGUGAGGUGCUCGAUGCAAGCCCUGUGCUAGUUCGGUAUUGGCGCAUGGCCUAUAUGAAGGCAGAUCAGGAGCUUAUGCCUCGUAAGCCACUAUACUUUCUUCGACGUUCCAUGAGCCUGAACGCGACUUCUUUUGUGAGGCUUCUGUAG